GCUACGGUCACUUCGAUUUUUGCCUUCGUGCCAGUCAAUUCAAAGAAACUAUGAGCUCGGGUGUGGGUGUCAGCGACGACGUUGUGACGGAAUUCAACGACUUCAAGCUCCAGAAGGCGCCGUACAACUUCCGCUACUUCAUCUACAAGAUCGAGGGCGACUCGGAGAUCGUCAUUGAGCACCGUGGCGAACGCUCGGAGACGUACGAUGACUUUGCCGCCAAGCUCAACGCUACGACGAACGAGUGCCGGUACGGCCUGAUCGACCUCGACUUCACGACCAAGGACGGUCGCCCGACGUCGAAGCUCGUCUUUAUCUCGUGGUCGCCCGAUACGGCCCGCGUCAAGAGCAAGAUGUUGUACGCCAGCUCCAAGGAAGCCAUCAAGCGUGGCCUUGUCGGCGUCGGUAUUUACUUGAGCGCCACGGACGCCUCGGAGUUGUCGUUCAGCUCGAUCCAGGACGGCGUCUCCAAGUUCCUCUAAACUCUUGAACAAUCCCUUCUUGAUGCGUAUUACACCAUGUCAUUCCUUGCUUUC